GGAAGUGGGAAGUGGGAAGUGGGAAGAGUCACAGACGACAAAUUGAAUUUCAAUUUUCAAGUUUGAAAGGAUGGGUUGGGUUGCGUGGUGAGAGGCAGGGUCAGGGGCAGGGGCGGGGCAGCAACAAUUAAAGCUACAUUCCCUUCUCCCCAGACCCCAUUACCAAAUCACAAACUUUUACUUCUGAGAAAAAAACAGUGCAAAAGAACUGAGAAGACAAAGUAUAAGACAAUUGGGAUUGGGUAUUGUUGCAUGGUCGCUUCAAUUUCUUUAAAUCCAGGUUCAUGUAUUGUGGAGAGUAAAUAGCUUCAUAAUUUAGCUCAGCUCUGGGUUUGUGUCUCUCUCCUGGGAAUACUCACUUCUAUAUUGAUAAUGGCUCCAGGAGGAGGUGCUUUCAAAGAGGCCAUUGAAUCACACUCAAAAUAUUUAAAUUCUGAAAUGUCAAUGAUGAAGGCAGAGAUUGGUAAUACUCCUAUAAGAAGUAGUACUUCAGUGGCAGAAAAGCAUGGCAUAAAUGGUGUUCAUGAGCUUCUUCAGUGCCCUUCUUGUGCAGAUUCAAUGUAUCCUCCCAUUCAUCAGUGCCCAAAUGGCCACACCUUGUGUGCGAACUGCAGAAGAGUUCACAGCUGCUGCCCAACUUGCCGUUUCGAGCUCGGGAACAUAAGGUGUUUAGCUUUGGAGAAAGUGGCUGAAUCUUUGGAACUUCCCUGCAGAUAUCAAAGUCUUGGCUGCCGUGGUUUAUUCCCUUACUACAACAAGCUCAAGCAUGAAAAACACUGCUCAUUUCGGCCAUACACAUGUCCGUAUGCAAGUUCAGAAUGCUCCGUAACUGGUGAUAUUCCAUUCCUUGUGGCUCAUCUAAAGGAGGAUCACUCUGUUGAUAUGCAUGAUGGAUGUACUUUCAACCAUAGAUAUGUCAAGUCAAAUCCUCGUGAGGUUGAAAAUGCUACAUGGAUGCUGACUGUGUUCAACUGUUUUGGGAGACAGUUCUGCUUGCACUUUGAAGCCUUCUUACUUGGGACAGCACCUGUCUAUAUGGCCUUCCUGCGUUUCAUGGGCGAAGACCGCGAUGCCAAAAAGUUCUGCUACACAUUGGAAGUUGGGGCAUUUGGCCGUAAGCUAGUAUGGCAAGGAGUUCCAAGAAGCAUCCGCGACAGUCACAGGAAAGUCCGUGAUAGUCAAGAUGGACUCGUAAUUCCAAGGAGCUUGGCACUUUACUUCUCAGCUGGGGAUGGUCAAGAACUUAAACUGAGGGUUACAGGUCGGAUAUGGAAAGUGUAAGUGGUCGAGGCUUUUUUGAUGUGAUUGAUUGUACAGUCGUUGAAAGCACCUUAUGGAUCUUUGAUGGCCAUGGACAAAUGCUACAAAUCGUUCUAUGCUUAACUUUGAGGCGCAGGUGGUACUUAUUUUUUGUUGGCCUGAAGGAUCUUGACAAGGUUAAUCACAUGUAUCAAAAGCAUAUUUACUUUUGGAUGGCAGAAAUGAAUUUACUUGAAAUGCAGGAUGCAAUGUGCAGUACCAUCUUUUACAUACAUGGUCGUGUGUGUGUGUGUGAGACAAGGUCAAUUUUAUUACAUACUUGGAAUAUGAAUUGUAUAUACACGAAUACCAACAAUA